AUGUCGAGUGAUGAUAAAAAUAAGCCCAGUGAGCCCAAGAUCUGUGAUCCCAGAUGUGAACAAAAGUGUGAGGCCAAAUGCCAGCCCAGUUGUCUAAGGAAGCUACUGCAACGCUGCUCUGACAAGUGUACACGGGAAAAGUGCCCACCACCACCAAAGUGUCCCCCAUGUCCCCCAUGUCCCCCGCCAUGCCCUGCACCAUGUUCCCCACCAACUGCCCCACUGUGCCCCCCACUGUGCUCCCCAUCAUGUCCACCACCAUGCCCCCCUGUGGUAUGUUGUAAGACUUGCCCUCCCAAGUGCCCCUUCUCAUGCCCACCCCCAGAGUGA